AGAUAUUGCGAUUCGACAAUUAUCAGGAACCUCUGUGCGCUCGAAUUGAUCGCGCAUUAUCCCUAUCGACUUGUAACACACAUCCGACAUCAGUAACAAGAUGGGCAAGAAGCGACGCGGUCACGCUGACAUCGAGGAGGUCCUCAGUCGACCCUGGUGCUACUACUGCGAGCGUGAUUUCGAAGAUCUCAAGCUUCUCAUCUCUCACCAGAAGGCAAAGCACUUCAAAUGCGACCGCUGUGGUCGUCGUCUCAACACAGCAGGAGGUCUCUCCGUGCAUAUGAAUCAAGUCCACAAAGAAAACCUCACACAGGUCGAGAACGCGCUUCCGAGCAGACAAGGUCUCGAGGUGGAGAUUUUUGGCAUGGAGGGUAUCCCCCAGGACAUGCUCGAUCAGCACCGCAACCGCAUCCUACAGAACUUUCAGCAGGCGCAGAAGGACAGACAGAUCGCGACGGGAAACCCGCUACCGGGACAGGGACAUGCGCAAAAGAAGAUCAAGACUGAGUCGCCGGAGGAGCUGAAGCAGAGAUUGGCUGAGUUUCGAAAGAGGAAGCAGGAGAUCGCUGCCAAUGGAGGUGUUGAUCCCGCUGCGGCUGCGAAUACCGAGACGCAACCGCAAGCUCCUUUCAACGGCUCUUACCAGACCCCUCCUCAAGUAUCCUUCGACCAACAACAAGGCUAUCCCGUACAACCCCCCAACCCAGCCCAGCCCUACGCCUUCUCCGCCAACAACCUCCCCGCACGUCCAUCAUCCGGCGCGCUCCCCACGGCAGCUGGUCUACCCCAGCGGCCGACGCAAGGCGGAUCUUGGAACGGUGGUGCCGGUGACGAUAUUGAUCAGAUGAUCCGUAUGGCCGAAGCGGGUAUCAAGCCAGCAGCGACUAAGGCGGAGGAAGAAGGUGGCGACAAGAAGAAGAAGGAGAAGAAGGCGAGGAUGUUCUACGAUGAUGCAGAGAUUAGUCCCGAGGAGAGGAUGUCGAUGCUACCGCGGUAUGCGUUUGUACCGGAGACUGUGAGUUAGGUGGGAUGUUGUCACUAUUUCUUGUGAAUUGGGGUAUUUUUGUUGCAUGGUAGGCGUUAGGUUGUAAACUAAAUGGUAAAUUGAUGGUGAUUUUUACUCGGA